AUAUUUAUAAGAAAACACAAAUGCGAACAAGUCAUUCCGUUCAAAAUGUCCUGGAAAAACGUUUUAAUUUUUCUCACAAUUUUAACAAUUUCGUAUUGUGACAGUGCUAAUAAUUACAGUGUAAAUGUAUACAAGAAAAAACCCCACAAAAGCCAUUUUUACUACCACUUACUUUACGGUGGCAUUUUCUACUACUUGGUUUUUAUCGCAUUAAAAGUGAAAAUAGCCCUCGUUGUUGGUACCAUUGUGACUGUAAUAAUGGUAAUUGGUAAAUUUUUCGCACUCAUUAAAUACGCCGAAUUUUCAAGUAGUCGAACGAGUGCCCCAAAGCCGGAAAAAAUUUAUAUUCAACCCGGGUUUAAUCACGGUCACUUUUCCGAUAUAUCAGUGGAUAAAUUACCUCCAAAUGCACAAAUUGCUGGAAGACCAUACUCACCACCCCAGGAACAAUUUUCUGCUGAAAUUGCAGCGCCCCCUUCCUACCCUUCGCCGUAUUCUGGACAUUUUUCAGAUAUAACAGUGGAUAAAUUACCGCCGAAUGCGGUGGUAGCUUCAGGGGGGCCUUAUUACGACUCACCUCCCCCACAACAAUAUUAACUCGACUUAAAACCGAAUAAAUUAACGACUAUAUAUUUUCAUGUCCCUGACGAGUGUUACGCCUUUGACUUUCCGCACUUGUGCCAAUUUCAUUAAUAAAAAAAUAACUAACCAAACAAAACGAUGAAAAUGAGUCUAAAUAAAACGAACAAUAAAAAUUUUGUUAUGUACCACACGCUGAAGAAGAGAUACGAAUUUUUUAAUUUGUGAUACGACUGAUACGCCACUGAUUUUUCGGUAUUACGCACUUUCAAAACUAUUUGGCAAAUGAAUUUUGAUAAUUUUAUCUAAGAAAAACGUAAAUAAACACCAAAAAACAAUUCAGGUGAGUCACAGAUUAUAUAAUAAUAGUGUUUUCUUGCGAAAAUUAAAUAAAAUUGUUUUUUUUUGAGAAACGAAAAUACACCCCCUAACCUCACUUUUUCUGAAUUUUUAAAAAACACGAAAGAAAUUAUGUUUUUCUACAAAAAACGUAAAAAAAACGGUAAAACACAGUCACAAUUGAGUCACAAAUAGUCUAGUAAUAGCGUUAUUAUUGCA